CAACACUGUUUGGUUUGAAGGAAAAACGUCAAGUUAACUGAACGAACCGCACAGUUUCAAAGAGUUCCUUCCAAUCUCAAACAUCUCCAGAAAAACGAAAACGUAUAUUUAUUCAUUCACAAACCGCAUAAUCUAAACGUGAAAACCAAAAAAAUGUAAAGUUAGUUUAGUUACUUAUUCACAACUUGGAACCAAAAAUCAGAAAAAAAGCGAUUCUGAAAUAAUCGAUGGGAAACAAAAUAGCGCGAACGACGCAAGUUUCAGCAUCGGAGUAUUACCUACACGAGUUACCAUCAACGUACAAUUUAGUUCUGAAAGAAGUUCUUGGACGCGGUCGUUUCUUCAAAUCGAUUCAGUGUAAACACGAUGAAGGUUUGGUUCUCGUUAAGGUUUAUUUCAAACGCGGUGAUUUCAUCGAUCUUUCCGAUUAUGAACGCCGAUUAUCUCAGAUUAAAGAUAUUUUCAGCACUAUUGAUCAUCCUCAUGUUUGGCCUUUUCAGUUUUGGCAAGAAACAGAUAAAGCAGCUUACCUUUUGAGGCAAUAUUUCUUCCAUAAUUUGCAUGAUCGCUUAAGCACUCGACCUUUUCUUAGUUUAGUUGAGAAGAAAUGGUUGGCUUUUCAGUUGCUUUUAGCUGUAAAACAGAGCCACGAGAAGGGAGUGUGUCAUGGUGAUAUCAAGUGUGAAAAUGUGCUAGUUACGUCCUCAAAUUGGCUUUUUCUUGCUGACUUUGCAUCUUUCAAACCCACAUACAUUCCGUAUGAUGACCCAUCUGAUUUCUCUUUUUUCUUUGACACGGGUGGAAGAAGACUCUGUUAUCUGGCGCCUGAGAGAUUUUAUGAAAAUGGAGGGGAGAUGCAGUUGGCACAUGAUGCACCCCUAAAGCCAUCUAUGGAUUUAUUUGCUGUCGGGUGUGUAAUUGCUGAACUUUUCCUCGAAGGCCAACCACUAUUUGAACUGUCUCAACUUCUUGCGUAUCGCAGAGGGCAACAUGAUCCAAGUCAACAUCUUGAAAAAAUACCAGAUAUUGGAACCCGCAAGAUGAUUCAACACAUGAUUCAGUUGGAACCAGAGUCUCGAUUUUCUGCUGAAAUAUAUUUGAAGGAAUUUGCUGGAGUUGUAUUCCCUACCUAUUUUUCACCAUUUCUGCAUGAUUUUUACCGUUGCUGGACUCCUCUCAAUUCUGAUAUGAGGGUUUUACUAUGCCAGAGUGCUUUCCAGGAGAUACUUAAACAAAUGAUGAACAAGCAGUCAUCUGAUGAUGCAGGUGUUACUUCUGGAGAGCUUUUAGAAGAGAUGGUUGCCAAAGAAAGCGUGAGUUUCAUGAAGGACUCACGAAGGAAACGAGAGGACAUGGGAAAAGGAUUAGUUCAUGAUCAGUAUGAACUUCUUGGUGAUAUUAAUAGCCUACUGAGGGAUUCUAAAAAUAAUAAUAAGAAUCCAUCAGGUAAUCAGCAAGUAACAGGAAAUUCACAAAAUUCUACCUUUCCUGAAAAUCUGAAAAGUUUGCAGUCUCCUGGUGAGCUGCUUCAAACUAUCUCGAAUGCAUUUCGAGGAAAUGAUCAUCCCUUUUUGAGAAGUAUUACUAUGAACAACUUAAAUUCAUUGAUGUCCGAGUAUGAUAGUCAGUCUGAUACAUUUGGAACACCAUUUCUACCGUUACCAAAUGAUAGUAUGAGAUGUGAAGGGAUGGUUUUGAUAACUUCUUUGUUGUGCUCAUGCAUACGCAAUGUCAAGUUGCCUCACCUAAGGAGGGCAUCUGUACUCUUGUUGAAGGCUUCUGCCCUAUAUAUUGACGAUGAGGAUCGGUUGCAGCGUGUUAUCCCAUAUGUAAUUGCAAUGCUUUCUGAUCCUGCAGCAAUUGUGCGUUGUGCUGCUUUGGAAACUUUGUGUGACAUUCUUCCCAUAGUGCGGGAUUUUCCUCCUAGUGAUGCAAAGAUAUUUCCCGAGUAUAUUUUUCCUAUGCUUUCUAUGCUUCCCGAUGAUCCCGAGGAAAGUGUGAGGAUAUGCUAUGCCAGCAAUAUAGCUAAGCUGGCACUUACUGCUUAUGGAUUUUUGAUACACUCAAUAAGCUUGAGUGAGGCAGGUGUCCUUGAUGAACUGAGUUUGCCACAGAAACCAUUGACAUCAUCCACUCAGACCUCUGGGAGAAUGAAGAUGAUAAAUAGUGAUGUCCAGCUUCUGCAGCUGAGGAAAUCAAUUGCAGAGGUUGUUCAGGAACUUGUUAUGGGUCCAAAGCAAACACCAAAUAUUAGGAGAGCACUUCUUCAGGAUAUUGGUAAACUUUGCUACUUCUUUGGUGUGAGACAGAGUAAUGACACUCUCUUACCUAUCCUUCCUGCCUUCUUAAAUGAUCGAGAUGAGCAAUUAAGGACGGUAUUCUACGAAAAGAUUGUUUACGUCUGUCUUUUUGUGGGCCAAAGAAGUGUAGAGGAAUAUCUAUUACCUUACAUUGAGCAAGCUUUAAGUGAUAUGACAGAAGCUGUCAUUGUUAGAGCCUUAGAAUGUUUGGCUAUUCUAUGCAAAAGUGGGUUCUUCCGGAAGAGGAUAUUGCUUCAAAUGAUAGAGCGUGCCUUUGCUUUAUUGUGUUAUCCCAGUGAAUGGGUACGAAGAUCGGUUGUCUCUUUCAUUGCUGCUAGCAGUGAGAGCCUGGGUGCAGUGGAUUCUUAUGUUUUUCUUGCUCCUGUUAUACGUCCUUUCCUUCGCAGACAACCUGUGUCUCUUGCUUCAGAGAAAGCUCUUUUGUCAUGUUUAAAACCUCCUGUCUCAAGACAGGUUUUCUAUGAAGUUUUGGAGAACUCCAGGAGUUCGGACAUGCUAGAAAGACAGAGAAAGAUAUGGUAUAGUUCAUCACAGUCUAAAAUAUGGGAAAUGGAUUUACUGAAAAAAGGAAUCGAUGAGUUGGACUCAUUAAAGAGCUGGGCUGACAAGCAACACAGUCCUGGGCUUCAACAUAGUCCUACCCUCCAACAGCCAGGACUAACUGAUUGUGACAAAGCUGAGUCAAAAUUAAGAGAUAUGGGGGCCUUUAUGCAUAAUGAUAGCAAUAUGGCAGGAAAUCGUGAUACACAGUGCUUGGACAAGUUACAGUUUUCGGGAUUUAUGUCACCAACCUUUAGUGGUGUAAACAGUUUAACAUAUGACAAGCCAUCAGAAGGCAUACCUUUAUACUCCUUCAGUGUGGACAGGAGAGGAAUGGGAGUACCUCCUGCAGCAUCUGAUUCUCCAUUACAAAUGAAUUCUCUGGGUGUUAGUUCAUCUGCAAUGCCUUGGGUUAAUCCACUUAGUAAGUCCUUUAAUUUGGCCAAUUCAGUUCCAUCACCAAAGCUCUUUUCAGGUUCUUUUAGCAUCAACAAUGGUUCUAAACAGUUCCACCGAGUGGUACACGAACCAGAUCCUAAGGAAAAUGAGACAGCCUUUGCCACUAGCACAUUUCAAGAUGUGGGACUAUCUUCUAAUAUUAAAGGUACAUCAAUUUCACUAGAAGAUGCUACUACCCAAGCUGAUAUAUCAGGAUUUCAAUCUUUUGCUCGAACAUCCAUCCCUGAUUCUGGUUGGAAGCCGCGUGGGGUGUUGGUUGCACACCUCCAGGAGCACCGUUCAGCAGUUAGUGACAUAGCAGUUUCUUCUGACAACAGCUUUUUUGUGAGUGCAUCAGAUGACUCUACAGUCAAGAUUUGGGAUUCCAGAAAGCUAGAAAAAGACAUUUCAUUCAGGUCAAAGCUAACUUAUCACCUGGAGGGAAGCCAUGCGUUAUGUGUGGCAAUGCUUCCAGGUUCAGCUCAAGUAAUAGUUGGAGCAUCUGAUGGAUUUAUUCAUACGUUUUCUGUUGAUCAUAUCUCUAGAGGUCUAGGAAAUGUUGUUGAGAAGUAUUCUGGUAUUGCUGAUAUCACAAAGAAGGACACCAAAGAAGGUGCCAUACUUGGCCUAUUAAAUAGCCCUGUGGAUAAUAAUAGCAUUAUGUAUAGCACCCAGAACUGUGGCAUCCAUCUAUGGGAUACGAGGUCAAAUUCCAAUUCUUGGACACUGAAAGCUACUCCCGAGGAGGGCUACGCCUUGUCCCUAGCAUCAGGGCCUUGUUCCAACUGGUUUGUAUCAGGGUCUUCCAGGGGUGUAAUUACACUUUGGGAUCUGAGAUUUCUUGUACCCGUAAACUCUUGGAAGUAUUCUAUUGCAUGUCCUAUAGAAAAAAUUUGUCUCUUCCUUCCUCCUCCAAAUACUUCUCUGUCUUCAACCACUAGGCCCCUUGUUUAUGUGGCUGCGGGUUGCAAUGAAGUUUCUCUUUGGAAUGCAGAGAAUGCUAGCUGCCACCAGGUAUUGAGGACGGCCAAUUAUGACACUGAUGCAGAAAUGUCCGAUCUGCCUUGGGCCUUGGCCAAAUCUUCAAGUAAGGCGACUUCUCAGUCAGAUCCAAGACGAAAUGUUAAUCGCAAGUAUAGAGUCGAUGAGCUAAAUGAGCCUCCGCCUCGUCUUCCCGGUAUUCGCACAUUACUUCCCUUACCAGGGGGUGAUUUAUUGACUGGUGGCACUGAUUUAAAGAUACGUCGAUGGGAUCAUUACAGUCCUGACAGAAGCUACUGCAUCUGUGGACCAAACCUAAAAGGAGUUGGAAUUGAUGAUUUUUAUGAAACAAAAUCUAGUUUUGGAGUGCAAGUUGUACAGGAGACAAAAAGACGUCCUCUUGCAACCAAGCUGACACCAAAGGCAAUUCUUGCAGCUGCUGCCACUGAUUCUGCCGGUUGCCAUCGUGAUUCUAUUGUUUCUGUGGCUUCGGUUAAGUUAAACCAGAGACUUCUACUUUCUAGUGGUAGAGAUGGGGCCAUCAAGGUUUGGAAGUAAAAUACUAAUGUGGAUCUUUGUAUUGUUGUACAUAAUUAGAAAUUCGUGAUAAGCUAGAACUGUACAUAAAGUAUAGGAACUAAUCAAUUAGACCUUCAUUACAGUCCCCCUUCCCUUGAUUUUCCGAAUUUUUUGGUGUACUCUUGAUCUGUACAGCAGGUGUUAUUAUUAAUAGAGAAUUAGAUAAUAAAUUUGUUAA